AUGGAUGAAAUACUUCGGGGACUCUUGGCUUCGUCUCAUGACAAAGUUGUGAAAAGAAAGUUUGUAGAAAAGCUAACAAUCUCAAUUUACGAAAUGCCGGCCGAGGAAUGGAAAUUGCUGUGCAAUUUUUCAUACGAUCUUGUAAAAGAGCAAACUACUGCUUUCCACGCCGAGAUCGGGGAUUACAUUCUUGCUUGGAUAGCACGAUCUCAGGAACAAAUAUAUUUGGAUCAUUUUAAUUCAGAGGUCCUGGAACGUCGUUUUACGGAUUCAAUAAGUUCUAUCUACCAAAAUUUGAGAGCUGCAGUGAAAGUGAUAAAACACAAAAAUGUGGCAUAUUUUUCUGAUAAAGAGAAUGUUGAAAAAGAUCUUGAGUUAUUAAAAGUGCGAACCGAGGAAUAUUUUGCUACAUGCAAAGGGCGACAUGAUUGGCAAAUAUUAUAUGUGUCCAUGUUUUACGAUCUGCCUAAAUUGAUUCCGGCGGACCGAAAUAGCGUAAUACAGAUGCUCAUCAAUGGCUUGGCCAAUUUAUCUAAUGCAUCGGUGGAAGGUGAUUUCAUUGACAAGUCCAUGACUUUGAUUGAAUUCAUGUGGGGUGAAAGUUACUUGUACAACCGCAAAACUCGCAAAGAUGCAUUAUUGGUUCUCAAAUAUAUGCUACUAGGAUGUCAGUCACAGAAUUUAUUUAGUACAAUCGUUUCAAUGAUCCCUGAUGUAUUGGAUGUCAUGUCUGUCGAGGACGAACAGAGGGAGGUCUUGAUAGAUUUCUCUACCUUAAUCCAAUGUCUUAUGCAUCGAUCCCCAGAUCAUCCUCAAUAUAAACUUAUUUCUCAACGAAUAGAGGAUCUGAAAAUGAAAAAAAAGGUCGGGUUACAGAAUUUGGGGAAUACUUGCUUUAUGAACAGUGUGAUUCAG